AUGCAUUUGACCAGCACUUCGAGUGGUGCACUGCAAAGGCAAGCACGGAGUAGGCGGAUUGUUUUCAGCAAGAGUCAAAAGGAUGCCCUCCAAGCGUCAUUUGAACAGAAUCCUUACCCUGGUAUAGUGUCCAGAGAAAAACUGGCCAAAGAAACUGGCAUUCCGGAGUGUAAAAUUCAGAUUUGGUUUCAAAACCACAGACGGAGUCAUCGAAGACAGAAACAAAUGGAGUCUGGAUGCUCCUUUGGGGAAGAUCAGGGACAGGAUAAGCUUCAGUCUAGGACUCAAGGUAAUUUACCAAAAGAAGCCAGACGAAGUCGAACAUCCAUCACAAGUACUCAGAAGAGCAUCCUAGUUCAAGCCUUUGAGAGGAAUCAGUACCCUAAUAUUGCUAUCAGGGAAGAACUGGCUCGACAAACAGAGAUUCCAGAGUCAAGUAUUCAUAAAUGGUUCCGGAAUCAAAGAAUGCGACACCCAAAAGGACAGAGUACAAGAAAACAUGUGAAUUCCUUGACAGUUGACCUAAAUUUGAGUGUUCAGCAGGACCAAAGCAACCAUUCCACUGUACGAAGCACGUUUCAUCAUUUUCCUCCCUCUAAUUCUUUCAGCAGGAACCAAACACUUACACCUGCUCUUCUUCUGUCCUACAUGUCUUUUGCUCCUUGGGAUCCCAAGCACCCAAUUGUGAGCCAAGCACCAGGUGUCAUGAUGGUCCAGCCCACCCAGACUCUUCAGAGAGGAGAGAAUUCUCAUAGCCCUCUGACACUUUUGAAUCACUUGUCAAUCAGUGAUCUGAGAAGGGGGCUCUUAGAUACUCAGACUCCUUCCUGGCCCCAAUGCCAAGGAAAAUGCCCUGAUCACAACGAACACAAUGGACUGGCAGGAUUGCACAUCCAGCACUAUUCUCAGCCACAACCUGAUAACAAAAAACAAAAAUGGUGGGAUCAAAGUCAGCAAGACCUAGCUCUCAUUACACAAUACUGGGAUGAGAUGUGCCAGGCUCUGAUAGCUGAAUGGGAACCUCCUGAAGGGACACUGUGGCCUCCAGGAUUCCCUGAGAUGGAUCUGUGACAGCAUCAGUUUGAGAGCCCUGUCCUUCAUUGACCAACCGCACCAGUAAGGGGUAGAAACCUCAAG